UGUGGCUAUCAGGGUAUUUUCUGGUGAUAUGUAAAUUUGUUUGAGUAUUUAUUAUUCAAAAUUUGAUACACAACAAUAAAAUCAAGUCAUUUCGAAAACACCAUAAAUGUUGAAUUUAAGAAACCGUGCAAUUCACACUCAUUUUUUCCACAAUCAUGGAUUUUCAUAUGAUGAAAUGUUUUUCUACGAUAUUUUUUGUAAAAAUAAAUUGUAAAAACUUGUUGAUUGAAAAUUUGUGAAAACCAAAUGUACAAUCUUAAUGUUUUUGUUUUCUAUCACGUAACUGAUUGAAAGAAGUGGGACAUAUUUUCGACAUUUGAUAUGUGUUGCAAAAAAUCAAAUUGAGGAUUAAAAAAAAUAGAAAGUUCCGUGCCACACUCCACUAAUUGGCAUAAUUCUCUUAUCAUUCUAUGCAUUAACUCUUAAGUCAACCACCAAAACUCAAAGUAUAUGCUUAUUUGCCAUAAUGUCUUUAGUUUCGUCGGUUUCGUCCUAAGUACGUUAAUGGACUCAUCAGUAAGGUUAUGUUAACGCACUCGCCUUAGAUUACAUCUCAUACACGGAAAAAAAAUUCUAUGAAAAUUUACUAUACAAGUAUCGUAAUCCUGGACCCGACUCGUUUUACUAAUCAACUGAUAACUUACGUUUACAGUCCUUAAUAACAAUAUGGAUUCUUCGAAUGAUACAAACCUAAAAAAUAAUCCUGUUAUGAAAGGAAAUAGGUUAGCGACAACAACCAAUGAUCAUAAAUUUUCUGAAGAAGUACAAAAAGUUACCCCAUCAAUUUCACCAACUACUUUAUUAGCAAAAAGUUCCGUUUUAUUGCCAACCGGAAUUGCACGUGUUAAGCAAUAUCCUGAGAAAAAGGCAGAUUUACUCAAAGAGUCUGCAACUCCUUCAAGUUCCUUUAGUUCUGCUACUGGCAAUCCUAGAAAUAAGACUGCACUUGCGCCCGGUCAUAGCCUUAUGGAUUGGAUCCGUCUUGGCUCCUCAAAUAUUGAUCUUACUGGGGUUGGUGGCAUUAGUCAAAUCGUCACAAUGACCGAACUUACUAAGCAUAAUCAAAGGAAUGAUGCAUGGAUUGCUAUUCGAGGUGUUGUAUUUAAUGUAACAAGAUAUAUGGAUUUUCAUCCGGGCGGAGUGGAGGAACUAAUGAAAGGUGUAGGAAAAGAUGCUACAAAGCUCUUUGAGAACGUUCAUGCAUGGGUCAAUUACCAGAGUAUUUUACGCAAAUGUAUCGUGGGCAAACUGAGUCGAGAAGGAAUAACAGAUUUACGUAACGUUGUUUUUGAUUGUAAUAAACAACUUGCAAAAAAAUGUUCUCUUACGAAUGACAAAUUAGUUAAUUCAUCAUUGGGAAUUCAAAGUGACUGGAAACAAACUACUGAUACUAUAUCAUUUGUGUAUAAAAUUUCUAAAGAUCAAUCAUUUCCUGGUUUCCAACUAAUACGAAUAAAUGAAAAAGAAUUCAACAUACAAAUCCGCACACGUAAUACUAUUACAAAACAUGAAUAUGAUCUUUGUAAUAGAGUACAAUGGCCACCUGUAUGGAACCAAAAUUUUGAAGCAGGAGAGAUAUCUUUUUGUUUUUCCAAAAUAAUCGGAGGGUUGUGGAAAUCUUAUGGAAGUCGGGUAACUGUAAGUAACACUAAACAAUUUGAAAAAGAUUAUAGGAACUGGGAAGUUGUCAGCAAUACACUACUGUGUGAAGCUGUUCAUCUUCUAGUUUUAAAGUCAAACAAUUAUAUGGAAAUAAUGGUAACUGGUCGACAUGUGGAAGCCAAAAUGAAUGUCAUGGAUACAGAAAUUUCAAGAUGUUAUACACCAGUACCUUUAUUUCUUCACUCUGAAAACAUAAUAUCAGAACAUAAACCCGACUAUUUGUACCUUAUAAUUAAACGAUAUAAUAAUGGAAUUUUAAGUCCAUCUAUAACAGCUCUUCAACAAGGACAAUCGUUAAGUUUAAGUAAUGGAUUAGGUACAUUUGUGGUUGAAUCUUUUGACAAGUAUUCUACUAUUCAUAUACUUGCUGCAGGUACUGGAAUAACUCCAAUGUUAAGUAUUAUCCACCGGGCCCUCAAUAAACGCAACAUAGUUGCCAUUAAUUUUCUUAAUUUCAACAAAAAUGAAGAGAAUAUUUUUUAUAGUCCACAACUAAAACAAAUUAGUACGGAUAUACGAUUGACCGUGACUGAUAUUUUAUCACAAGCUGAUGAUUCAUGGCAUGGCAAACGUGGAAUAGUAUCAGAAGUAUUAUUGAAAGAAUUAAUCGGUGAUCCUGUGGCAUUAAGCUGUAUAUUCAUAUGUGGCCCAAUUAUGUUUAUGAAUGUAGCAAAUGAAAUCCUCUUGAAAUUUGGAUGGGAAACAUCUCAAAUAUAUGAAUUUAAAGGAUAGGAAUAUUUUUUUUCAAUAAUUAUAAGAAAACAUUAUUCAUAGGUAUUUAAAUAAUUAUGGAAAAAUGGAUGAAAAAAAAAAAUAAACAGAAAACCAAAACAUUAAUUUUCAUAAAGAAUA